AUGAACUCUCUGAACCAGCAGUAUGAGGAGAAGGUGCGUCCCUGCAUUGACCUCAUUGACUCUCUUCGCUCUCUGGGUGUAGAGAAGGACUUGGCGCUGCCUGCUAUCGCCGUGAUUGGAGAUCUAAGCUCAGGGAAGAGCUCCGUGCUGGAGGCGUUGUCAGGAGUGGCUCUGCCAAGAGUAAGAGGUCCUUCACUUCCUGCCCUUGUGUGUCUCCCUCCCGUGUGAUUACCUGCCCUGCCCUAAUGUGUUGCACCUGUGUCUCGUUGUCUUCCCUCCUCAAGUGUAUAUAGUCUCAGUGUUCCCUUCCUUCUGUGCCAGUUUGUCUUGUUCCUCUUGUUGUCAGCGUUCCGGACUUUUUUUUUUCUCCUAGUAAGCCUUAUAGUUCCCGACCUGUUUUGUCUUUGACCUCGCCUUUUGCCUACGGAUUUGGAUUAUCUUGUUGUACUGACUGAUCACCUGUGUACCGGCCCUGCUGCAAUUAAAGGACUGUUUUUUUUUAACUUGCA